AUGCGCACUACCUCGGUGGCUUAGGCGAGUGCGCAGCAGUCGGUGUUAUAGCAACAGAAAAGCUCAUCGUCAUUAGACACAACAGGACUGCUGUGAGCUGAGAGAGAGACGCUGUCGCACUUCAGUCUUUCUGUAAGGUGGUCCACCACAACCCCAUUUGAUCAGUUCACACCAAACACACACCCAGCGCAGGAGGAUGGCGGUGAAUGUUUACUCCACCUCUAUGACCAUAGAGAACCUGAGUCGUCAUGACAUGUUGGCAUGGGUCAACGACUCUCUGCAGCUUACACUCACAAAGAUCGAGCAGCUCUGUUCAGGUGCUGCUUACUGUCAGUUAAUGGACAUGCUGUUCCCUGGCUGCAUAUUAAUGAAGAAAGUUAAGUUCAAUGCUAAACUGGAACAUGAAUACAUCCACAAUUUCAAGGUCUUACAGGCUUCAUUCAAGAGAAUGAAUGUGGACAAGAUCAUCCCUGUGGAGCGGCUGGUGAAGGGGAAGUUCCAGGACAACUUUGAGUUCCUUCAGUGGUUUAAGAAGUUUUUUGAUGCCAACUAUGACGGGAAAGACUACGACCCUCUAAUAUCACGGCAAGGCCAAGAGGGAACGCCGCCUCCAUCCAACACAGGCCCUGUGAGAACUUCUCCCACAGUACCAAAGAUUGCCCCCCCUCCCCAGAAGCAGAUCAUUGUAUCAGCACCCCGCAAACCUGCACCCAUGACCCGCAAUGGAGGAGACACUGAGCUCUUAGAGCUCAACCAGCAGCUGCUGGAUCUGAAGCUGACUGUAGACGGAUUGGAGAAAGAGAGAGACUUCUACUUUGGAAAGCUGAGAGACAUUGAGCUCCUCUGCCAGGAUAACGAAAGUGAAAGCCUGAUCUUCAGCAAAAUCAUGGAUGUACUGUACAGUACAGAGGAGGGAUUUGCACCACCAGAGGAUGAAGAUGUCGACGAAGGGGCACAGGGUGACCCGGAGGAGGAGUUCUGAACUCUUCUUGCUCUCUUCAUCAUCCUCCCCCCACCUCUCACCCUUUAAACCUACCUGAUAAUUAUCAUAAAUCCACUUUUUAUUCCCCUUUUGAUUUGAUUUUUUACUAUCUCCCCUUACUUCUUCCAUCUUGUCUGCGGCUGUCCAUAUCCAUGACGACUUUGUUGCUCUUACUAGCAAAAGACACUUAUCCUCGACCCGUCAGGACUCUGGCCCAGCAGCCGAGCAGCUUACUCGACUUUAUUCUAACUUGUUACCAGAGGAGACAGCUGCACUGCAGGGCUGGUGUAGCCUGCUAGAAAGCUUAAUAGCAAUGAGAUUACAUGGAUCCAGCACUGGAGGCAGGUCACUUUUUCUCACCAUGCACUUUGAUUUUGUGACCAAACACACGUGCAUCAGGGUUCUUUGCAGAGUUUAUAUAUGAAACCACAAUGUUUUCCACACAAUGUGAUCAGUUUGAGGAUUUAUUGUCUGUAAAUUUCACAAGGCGAGAUUAUAAAUGGUGUUAAGCCACUUUCACAGAGGCCUGCACAUAUAUUUUUUGACAUAUUGCACAUGAUGACACAUGUGGACGGACAUUUACACUACCCCCCCCCCUUCGGACAUAUCACAGACUUCGAACUGCUCACAUGUACAUGCAUAACGAAGUCAUCAUUCCCGAGGUGAAAACAUCACAGUCUGCUUUUAUUCAUCGAGGUGCGUCACCACCAAAGACGGUUUUGACAGCUUGUUCAUGAGACAGCACGAUGUAUUUAUGUUUUUAUUUAUUUUAUUUUUCUGUAAUCUGCAACAGUUUCUGAAAAAGAAAGUGGUUUUGGAUUUGGCAGAAUUGAAGGUAUUGCACUAAAUGUAGACGAACUAAUCAACUGAAAUGAUACAAAAUGCCAACGUGCAGAGAAGAUACAGGAAGAUGCAAUUUUAUAUUUUGUAGAUUUGUUUGAAAGAGGUUUGUUUUUUAUUUGCAUUGAAAUGCUCAAUGGCCAAGUUAGAGGUGCCAGUAUUAGAGUAAUUUAUCAGAUAGAUUUAGCUUUUUAUGAAUGAGGAGAAAAAAGUAACGACAUGUAAUACACUUAAUAAAUACUAAUGUUUGACUGUUGAUUGAGUUAAACUUUUUAGCUGCUAUCAUUAUUCUUCUGUUGCCGUAUUUAAUUGAGUUUUGUUUGCAAAGCGUUAAAAUGCCACAGUGGCUGCCAAGGAACUAUCAGUGUGGUUUAUUGUGAUUGACAUUCGUUGAACUUAUCUGAGAGAACAAAUAUUGAACCCUCUCUCAUGGUAGCCAUGUGAUAAACUUGCAUCUUCUGCAGUUACUGCUCAAAUGAAAUAAAGCUCUGAUAUUCAAGAAAAGUAACAAAC